AUAAAAGCUCUGCCAUCGUGGGGCUCUCCUAGGCACUUCUCUCCAGUUGGUCUCACUGAUGAAGUGGGCCUAAGUGCUUUGUGUGACCAUGCACUACUAUGGGGAGCGGUACAAACAUCUGUACCUGCCAGGAUCGGGCUAUUUCACUGAAAGCAUCCAACAGUGCACACCCCAGAAAGAUGUAUGCAGCACCACAUGCCACCCAGUCAGUGUGAUCAAGAGUCCGAUGCCAAGAUGGCAAAGCUACACUCAGCCUUUCACUUAUGUGUGCCCACAGCCAAGUGUGACCCAGACACCUCUGCUGUCUUGUCCACCCUAUGUACAGCAAUGUGUCCUGCUGUACCCUGAGCCUUGUGAGACCACUCGCCUCCUGCCCUGCAGGAAGCCCAGCGUGCGGCUGAGCACAACACCAUGUUUCCAGCCCUGUGAGACCAUCUACCCUGAGAAAAAGCAUGUGGCCAAGAGCCUCCCACCAUGCGCACCCAGGUGCCCAGAGCCACGCAAACUCAGGUUCCCACCGUGUGGGAUCAGGUACUCAUCCUCGUGCAAGAAUGAAUGCCGGUCGCAGAAGAUAUCCAAGUGCUCAUCACAAAGGUAUGGCACCGAGCUCCGGUCCCUGCAGGGAAUGACCAGUGGCUAUUCCCCACCGCUGCGUGGAGCCACCGAGUGCCCCCCACAGCAGUGCGUAACAGAGUCUUUCAUGCAAGAGUGUGUGAAGGGGUUCCCCCACCAGAAGUGCAUGAAGGGUUACCCAACACAGGAGUGCGUCACCACCUGCUCCUCCCAGCAGCAAGUAACCAAGUCAGUGCCGCAGCCAGACGUGCCCAAAUGCUCCCCUGGACAGGGAAUAAAGGAGUGCUCCUCACAGCAACAAACAAGUAAGUGCUUGCCCCCGCAGGAGGGAACCAAGCACAAGAGCACAUCGACACAACACCUAAGCAAGUCCAAGUGCCUCUACCCACGGACCACCCACCACUCAACGCACCAUCACUCGGGGGGUGUGAAACGUUCAGGCCACUCCAAGAAGAGUCGUUGUGGUCCAAAAUGUCUGUGGUAAAGGAGAUAAAGAAGUAGGUUUGAAAAACAGCGAGCUAUGUAGCUGAGGUCUAAGGUAUUUUAUUUUACUCCCCCUGCUCCUGUUCCUAAACCCCAGAGAAGCUUUAGCCCUACUGUACCCCCCAUUGUAACUAUGUUAAAAUCGUAGAGCACACUGUUUUUGAUUUGGCCACACUUGGGUUAUUCCUGCAACAAAAAAGAUGUUAGUGAGAAAUUAAAUAACCCUGGGCAAUUGCUCAAGCUUUGAACUUCAAAUGGAUACAACUCUCUUACAGUGUUCACACCCCAAGAGGUUUUUACUGUUACUGGAUCAAACUACAUUCCCUGGUUGUACCUCUCCUAUUAAACUCAGGUUUCAUCUGGCUUCCUA